CCAAAAAAACGCCUAAAUUUUUUUUUAAGAAUGUAAAUUUUAUACAAAUAUAAUUAGUUUGAAGCUGGUAAAGUAUAUUCAUUGGCAAGAAUGACCUAAUUCCACUACUACGUCUUCAAUUGUAUGAUAUCCGUUAACGUUUUAAUACUUUGUAUAAUAUCUUAGUUACAUUUACAUUGCCUGCCCGCUCCGUUUAUCUGGUUUCAUUGAAACAAACGCGCACUAUAGAGGACGCACAUACAGUGACUUAGCGGUUUCCCCUAGAGGCGUCGGCGCUGGUUCCCCCCCCCCUCCUUGGAACAACCGGUUUCCUUCUUCGAUCACCUACCCAAGCUUAUUGUCACUCCUCGCAAUCAUUGUUACUCGCUUAGUCAGUCCGUAAGCUGUUUCGUGAUUGCUAAUAUUAUCUUUGUUUUCUUUGUGAAAAGUACUUGUCGAACGUUUUUAUUAGGUGUGAAGUUAAAAUAAACGUGUUAUUGUUUGUGUUGUGGAAAUGUCUAAACGUAAACAGACAAAUAUUUCCUGCUUUUUCAAGAACCCGAAGAAGAGUAAAAGUGAAAACGUUCACAUGCAAAAUGGCGCCGAAACUGGUUCAUCGACAAUUCGAGCGUCACCUCAGACGGAACAUACUGACCCAGGCCAGUUACUUCAGCCUCUGGAAAGCAGACCCAUUUACUCUCAUUCGGAGAAAUAUGACAUUGCUAAUUAUGUUGGAAAAUCCAAUAUAAUUGAUGAGGAAAUUUAUAAUGUUUUAACAAAACCUUGGGUUCCAAGUAACUCCUAUGUUUUUCCUACUAAUGUAGAAUCCGGACAAAUCAGAAAAUUUAAUUUAAAAUGGUUGAGUGACAAUCCAUGGUUGUCUUAUAGUAAGCAAGAAGAAGGUGUCUACUGUCGCGUCUGCGUUAUUUUUGGGCCCAAAGAGGCUGGCAUGAAAAAUAAAACACCUCUAGGGAAUUUAGUAGUGAAACCUCUUAAAAAGUAUAAACAUGCCAUUGAAUUGUUUAGAGAUCAUAAUAAAAAUGAGUACCACAAACUAUCGCUUUUAAAAAGUACUGAGUUUUUGAAAAGGUACGAAAACCCAGAAAACAAAGUUGAUGUUUUAUUGGACUCAAAAAUAAAUGAAAAUAUUGCUUUGCGGGGUCAUCGUGAUGAUGGCACUCUGGACUUACAAGAAAAAGGGUAGGAAGAAGGAUAGGACUUUGGAGUCCUAUCAUCCUUCCCUCCAGUUUGGAUCUUUUUUUUUGUUUUUUAUCAUCCAGUCCUUGAUCGAGUGAUUAACUGGCGUAUGCUUUUCACAGGUAAUUGAAAAGUUUGCUCAAAAGCACACAAGGCGUUUACAGUUCCUGUACAGCGACUAGCGAUGAAUGACAGUAUUAAUUCUCAGACCAUCACUUCAAGUCUCCAAACAAAAGUUCCAACUGUGUCCCCAUCAUUAUUUAUUCAUCUCCAGGCAGUAGAACUAUUUCGAAAUAUUAAAUGUACUAUGUACUUAAAAAUAAAUCCUUUUCAUAUUUUUAA